CUUCACGUCUGAGCAUUUCAACCAAGAAAAUAAAUACACAGUUGUAUAUGUAAUUAUGUAUAAUUGUAUACACUCGGUCCUUCCAUUCUACUUGUACCUCUGCAUGAGCUCUCCCUCGCUUCUCCAGACGUAGCAAAUAUUGCUGCGGUUAUUGCUAUUGUAAGGCGAUCGAAUCAGCCUUCAUAUCAUCAUGCUGAUCAACCUAGCUCAGUUACCGUUUGGCGUAUCAAUUGGUGGAGCUGGCGCACCGGCUCUGGCUCCAGCUGCGAUGCCAUCUUGGAUCGAACUGUUGAAUAAGUGGGAGAUCCAAAGUAUUGUUGUCAUCAGCUUCAGUCUGCAGGUUAUCCUCUUCUUCCUCGCAGAUAUACGCCACUACAGCGUCUCGUCUGUUCUCAAGGUGCUCCUCUGGCUGGUAUACCUGCUCGCCGAUCUUGUUGCAAUGUAUGGCCUGGGGCACAUGUCCUCGUCGCUAUCGAAUAAAUCGUCCGAGGAGCACAAGCUGGUGCUGUACUGGGCGCCGUUCCUCCUGCUGCACCUUGGUCGCCAGCACACCAUCACCGCGUACGUCUUGGAGGACAAUAAACUCUGGCUACGCCACCUGCUAAACAUGUUUGUGCAGGUUGCUGCCACCGCAUAUGUGCUCUACAAGUACAUGAAAGCAGGCGGGGUGCCCAAGUAUGAACUAUGAAGUCAUUCUCGCUAUGUGGCUUCUGGGUGCCGGAAUUCUCAAGUACGGCGAGAGGAUAUAUGCACUGAAGCAUGCAAGCAAGAAGGGUCCCGAAUCUUCCUAUUGCGAUGGGCCACCAUCUUGGAGCUCAGUGUCAAGUACUAAUACCUUUCGGUACAUGUUAAAUAAUGGUUUUGGUAUUGAUCCGCCUAUCGGAAACAAUCAGUUUGAAAAUUAUGCAUUCAUUGUGAUGAGAGCACACGUGUUAUGUCAUGUAUUUCUCAGGCCUUUAGUCAUAGACAGGAACAAGGUGUUCAUACUCUAGGACUAUGAAAGACUAGUAGUGGGUCAUGUAGAUGGAAUUGCACCAAGGCAUACUGUGGACCUGUACAAGGCAAUAGAGGUGGAGCUCGCCUGGAUGUACGACAUCAUGUACACCAAGGCACAAGUGUUUGACCAGUUGGCAUUCGGUGGCUUGGUCAUACAUUUAAGUUCACUUGUGCCUUGCCUGGCCGCUCUUUUAAACUUCACCAAUAGCAAUAGAGAUGGCUACAAUACACCCGACAUUGUUAUCACUUUUGCUCUUCUUGGCGCAGCUUUUGCAUUGGAGGUCGCAUCUGCUUUCAAGUCCUCGACAUGGGUAGCUGCCUACCUGAGAGAGAGCGGAUGGGACUGGCUGGCCAAUGCGAUUCUGUUCGCACGUUACCACCUCAUGAUCAUCAAGGAUGGAAGAUGGUCCAAUUCCGUCGGGCAAUUUAACUUUGCAUCCUUUUGUGCUCACAACGCCAAGAACAAACUCGAGGGAAAAAUAGCCCAAUGGAUUGGGCUCCGGGACUGGUGGGACAAAGCUCGCUGCACCAAACAUGCCAAGCUUUCGCCUAACCUCAAGGAGUUUGUAUGGUGCAUUCUCAAAGGUGACAAGAGGCAUAUGGUACGGAUAGAAGACGCAAGCAUCCGGAGAGGGUACUGGGCCCGCAAGUUUGGCAGCCUCGGCCAGGUCAAACAACUGGACUGGAGAUUGAGUUUGGAAUUUCAUGAGAGCGUGCUUAUCUGGCAUAUAGCCACAAGCACCUUCCUCAGUAACCCUGCCGUCAAAUGUCAGCUGGCGGACAAGGAUAAGGAAAUGGCUGAAGCAGUCAACACUCUCUCUAACUACAUGAUGUACCUCCUCGUCAAGCACCCUGACAUUCUGCGCGUCAAUCCAGAUGUUCGUAGCUUGUUUAACAAAGCCUGCUACUGUUACAGUGACGAUCUGAGAUACUCAAAUUGGAGAUAUAAUGCGGAUGAGCAUCACCAGAGAAUUCUGGAUUACAAGGAAGGGCCUGCUGAGUGGAUAGGAGGUCUAGAUGAUGAUGAACAUCUUUUUAAUAGAAAAAAAAACUUAUGCAUAUGUUUUCCAGGGCAAAGGUGUGCUGGUGCAAGCAGGCAGCAUUGCUCACACAAUGCUCGACAUGGAGAAGGAGCUCACAGAUAAGAUGGUAAUAAUCGGCAUGGUGUGGACGGAGAUGUUGUGCUAUGCAGCAACCAAUGCAACUGAGGGAUUCCACGCCAGGCAGCUGAGCGAUGGUGGUGAGUUUCUGACCCACACCCUGCUCCUCACUGAAUAUGCCUCUCGUAUAGAGAAGAAACCAAAGCCGUCCAUAGAAGCUGAUGAAACUGUGGAGGCUAGUGCUGCUGCCCAUGUCCAGCUGAAUGUGAACGAUGGUUCCGACAAUGAGAUCAUCGAAAUCCGUCAAAUAUAGCAGGUCAACAAUCUGCAAAUCCGUUCUCCUUGAAUCCAACAUAUGUAAUUCCAUUCUCGUUGUUUACGUUUGAAUUUGUAACCCCAUUUCAAUUUCAGUCUUAAUUGCCCCCAGUGAAGCAUGUAAUCCCAUCUCUUGUGCCAAUCUGUAAUAAAACGGUAC